UUCUAGUGUUUUGUCAUUGAGAGCUCACUGUCUUCAUCAUGAUCAUCAUCUCUCUGCUCCUGCUGGCCUCUCUGCUACCACACCUGACCUUCACUGCUCAUGCGGAUGUUGGUAUAGUGAAUGGUCGGGUAGCAAAACCCCACUCCAGACCUUACAUGGUUUCUCUUCAGAUUAACAAGGAACAUAUUUGUGGUGGAUUUCUCAUUCAUAACCAGUUUGUCUUGACUGCUGCACAUUGCAGACAAAAAAAUACGAUACUGACAGCUGUGAUUGGGGCACAUAACUUAAAGAAUGAGAAUGAGGGGUCUGUCCGCAUCGCAGUGAAGUCUUACCACAAGCAUCCAGGCUAUAAGCCUGGCAGACCUUCAAUCCUGAAUGACAUUAUGCUUUUGAGGCUACAAAAGAAAGUCAAAGAAAACAAUAAAGUCAAGAUUAUUAAAAUACCAAGACAAAAGGGAGACAUCAAAGCCGAUUCUGUCUGUAGUGUCGCUGGCUGGGGAAGCCUACGGACUAAUGGCUCAGCUAAUGAUCGUCUAAUGGAGAUGAAGGUGUAUAUAAUGGAUAACACAGAAUGUGAAACAAGAUGGGGAGAGAUAUACUCAGUUCCAAAGAUGAUGUGUACAUAUGGCAUUGGUGGAUUCUGCGAUGGAGAUUCUGGGGGUCCGUUAGUUUGUGGAGACACUGCAGUUGGUAUCGUAUCAUUUCAUGUCUUGGAUCUCUGCAAUUCGCCUAUGUAUCCUAAUGUGUAUACUAAGGUUUCACCUUAUCUGGAGUGGAUCAACAAAAUAAUAAAAAAUUUCAAGUGAAUUCAUGAAUUUAUUUCAAUAAAAGUAUCACAUGAAAAUCA